AUGUCCAAUAAGAGGAAAAUUCAAAUGUCAGAUUCAGAUCUCGAGUAUCUGCGUGAUCUAGCCAGGAGUUAUUCAAAGAAGAAUGCCUUUGAUAGCAAAGGCAUAAUGCUUCUUUGCAAGGCCUUAUUUCCAAACAACACAAAAAUAAAGAUUAUGGAAUAUGAGAUUGUUAAAAAAAUGGGGAACUUUAAACUUGCAUCAUCAAUCCUUGCUGACAAUUAUACGCCGCGUACUAAUCGGUGGGCAGAAGAAGUAAACAAUAUUUUCGCAGGACUGCAGUCUACUCCGGUCAGUCAGCAGUGUCAGAAAUUAUUUACUGCACUUCCACAUCGCAUUCAGACGGAUAUGACCAUUUCAUACCUCAACUCCGUAUUCAAUACCGUCGAAUCAAAAGCAGACUUCAUACUUCAGUUUCUUACAAACAAAUUGGACGUACUUGGGGAAGGCAGUGUUGUUGGAGCCUUGUUGGAGAACCUCAUUGAUCUGCUUAUGGCAGCAGAGGAGAAGCACUGCCAAGCAAUCAACAGCAAAACGCAAAAUUGUAAACCUACCCCGAGCACUCCACAAUCACCUGAUAGGGAAGCUGCUAGCGUAACUGCCACAAGAUCUUGCUUAUUGAAUGAGUCAAAUGAGGAUUUAGAAACUGAUGAAGGUGAGGAAGGUGAAGUCCUGGAAGAAGCUGAUGAAGAUGAUGACGAAGAGAUGGACGAUGAGGACGCUGAUAAUCAAGGUUCAAAGCUGCUGGUUGAGAAACAAUGUAUUAGUGUAUUGAAUUUUCAUCGGAUGAGACUUGUUUGCGAGGUUUUUCCUAUAGUUCAUCGCAUGCGUAAUGGUAUUAAAAUCAGCAGUUCCCAGCUUCAGACGCUCGUGGUAAAGUCAUUUCAGUUUCUAUUUACAUUUGCUGCACAAAUCCCUUUUGCGGCAGAUGGUUGUCCCGAGAUCUUUGGCCUGUCAGGACCCCUUCCAGAACUGUUGAAAAUGGAACCUGCAAAGUACUUGCGACUUUUUCUAGAUAUGGCUUCAGACCUCUUAAAAUGGCCGGUUACCGGACCCUCCUUUCAAGUUCAGCCGCACUCUGACAUCUUCGACAUGCUUCGAAGGUGCUACCAUAUUUACAAAGACCUAGAACACGAUGUUCAGCGCCAAAAAGGUGGCAGCGGUGGUGGCAGUGGUAAUAACAAGAAACGUACCUCUGCCUCAGUUCACAAUUUCUCUACAGUGGCCAGUCAAGUUGUUUGUAUGUUUUGGGCUCUCUUUAUUGAGAAAGGCAUGGCAUGCCUGAAAGAAUUCAGCCUUCGGACUUGUGUGCCCUUUUGCAUUGCCGCAGUUGCGCCGUCGAUAGAUGAAUUUGAUUUACCAGUAGAUGAGCCACUUUCAGAGUCACUUCACCUGCUGCAUUCACUAUGGUCCCUUCGUCUUCGCUUCAAAGCUCAGGAGAAGAAAUCAAAGUCUAGGUCCUCCAGGAAGGCCACAUCGGUAUUGGAAGGUGUGUAUUCUUCUCUUCAGCCGCAAAGCGGUGUUUCCGAUCUCAAAUUUAGCUGUCUUCUUGAGUUUUUUGUUCGCGUUGACCUGACACUAGCCAGUUUGAACGACACAAAUGCAGAUUUUGAGGAGGUAUUUGCAAAUUUGGCUCUACUAUCUGGUGCUUAUAGCGAGGAGCAGUCCCGAGUGUUGCAGUGCUUACUAAGCGUUACGAAACUUCGCUUGAAGCCACCAACGCAGGUCAAACAGUUGGUAGCCGAUCGACUACGACUUAUUUAUCGCGUGAUUGAAUUGAAGCUGGAUGAUGAUACAGACAGUCGACCGUGGACGAAGCUGUCGAAUCAAACGAUUGUCAUUUCAGUUGCGUCGUCAAGGGAUACUGCUGAAGCGUGCUUGGCAUAUGUUGAACGGUGGUUGGUUGAAGCCGUUAAGGCGCAGUCUUCUGUUGACGCGGCAUGUCUGGCGUUUGUCCUACACCAGAACCCCUUUUGGGCGCGCUUGCCUAACUUUAAGUGUGUGCACCAGGAGGAAUGGGUGGUGGUGGGCAUCUUCGCACCGAGGGGACGGCUGGUCUCUGAGUCUGGUCUCGCGGGAGCGGGUCGGGAUACUUGUGGCCGCGGUGCAGUCCCGGAGCUCGAGUUGUUCGUGGGUUGGGUCCGUUUAAGUCAAGCUAUAAACGCUCUCAAAACACCCACCGUACACAAUUAUUUGAAUAAGAGCAGUGCCGAUAAAUGGUCUGGACGUCAAGCCAACAGUUUUACGUGGAAGUCUGUCUGUGAUAUCAUUGUGCAUCUCCUUCAAGACGAACUGCAUGUGGCAACAGUCAGGCGAAAUAAUGUCAGCAUUAUGACGGCUGAAUUCUCUGAAUCUGAUUUGAAACUCCCUCUUGACGAGGUCCUCGUAUUCCUCUUCGGUCUAAUAAAUGAUUCCACCUUAGCAUUCCUCCAACCCUUUGCAAUUGACUCGCUCUCCUCUCUUUUAUGGCAUCUCCCAAUAGAAACACAGGCUCUGGAAAUCUGCAAUCUCUCUCGCCUUCAGGAUUGGUGUCUCGAUCAAAUGAAGAUUGCUCCAUCCGGUCCUGUUGCCUUGCUUCUUUGUCAUACUCAAAACGUGUGCUUCCAUUCUCGCAGAACCCUUCAUUGUAAUUUUAUGUCUCUUCUGGAAGGUGUUCUUGUGUGUUUUGAGUGUGGGUGGUCGGAUUCCUCGGGAUUGGGGUGGUUCCUGCGUCUGCUUCGAUGGACUGUGGCAGAAGUCUGUAUCACUCCAGAUCUUCAUAGGUCCGUGUUCGGUUGCUUCCUUAAGCGUGCGCCCAUUCUUUUUAAACUCUGGCCAAAAUUUCGGGAGACUUGCGGUCAGUACGUGCCGCCCAACCUCCAUAUGCUGACUUUGGAUGUCAACGAUAAGUCUUCUCCUGCUCUGGCUCAGACAGUUGGUGGGUGCUUGAACGACUCCUAUGCUCUAGAUGCCUACUAUGUAACAUCUCCAGUCUUGGACGAUCUCUUCAUUAACUGGAAAGAUUUGGCUAAAUUUUCAUCAGCCUGUUUGCUCUCGGAUGCCUGUUUUAUCGCUGAGGAAAAGCCUUUGCUGUUACCCGAUCGAAGCAGUCGGCGUCCCCAGCCAAAUUGCGUUGACACCGGUCGUGAAUUACUGGCUUUUUGUCGGUGGAUCAUCAAUACCAGUGUUGUCUUGAAGGCCUGUAUCACGGUGGAAGAGAUAAGACCGUUUUUUAGCCUACUGAUGAAUUUUUAUACCACUGAGUGGAGUCGACAUGCUGAUCGAAUGCGGUUUCAAGCGGAGGAUUCCCUUUGUUUGCAGCUCUUUGGAAUGCGUGACUUCUUUGUCACAUUUGGCACGUUUAUGGAAGCCUUGGAGGCCUUUAAAAUGACUGAAUUGCUUGAUUCAUUGAAAGCUCGUUCUUCUGAUUGUCAACAACCGUGGAUUUAUGAACGUCUUUUCAACUUCGUGUCAGCUGAUGAUACCGUGGGCUGGUUGUGUUCCCUUGCUAUUGAAGCUGCAAUAUCAACCGCAGUGACGGCGUUGGCUAUCUCUACUUACUACAUACAACAUGGACUCGAAAAUAUUGACGGUUUCUCAUCCUGCAUUGACCGAAUUUGGAAUCAGGCUUUACUGUGGUUUGAACAGCUGUCGAUAUCUAACCUUCGAGAAGAUUCCCGCUACAGAAACGAAAAACGUCGUGCUCUUCUUCAUGACAGACUCAUUUCCUGCCUCUUAGAAAGCUUGCUUAGGUUGGAUUCAGUCAGUAUCGCUAGCCAGGCCUAUGUACCGUCACGAGCCCAGCAUCUUUCCUCCCUCUGGAAUGCCCUACUCUCAACCACAGUAUUCGGCAAUCCUUUUGCCCCCUGGCGUUAUCGUCUGGCCCUGUUUGCUUACCUCAUUUGGCCCAAAACCUCCAUAGAGAUAGUCUGUACUACGGCUACGCCAAUACCACCACCCUUGGUGUUUCUUCUUACCACACAUCCGUCGGCUUCCGAUAUUCUCCGAUACCACUUCCUACAUUGGAGCUUGAGUUGUCUUCUCCGUCCGGAAAACCCACUUCCUGAAAUAUUUCCUCGUGUCAGUACAGUUCCAGUAUUUGGCCAAAAGCAUGUUCAGCUGAUCGAGAAGUUUGUGAAUUCACAUUUGCCAGAACCAUCUGAUCUAUGGACGUGCCUGUUCUUUCAUUUAGUUUCUCCAAAAAUGAUUGAAACGUCAUGCCUUCGAGAAGCAGUGGAUUACGUGUUAGUGGAUGUGGAACAGCGUUAUGGCCUUGUAACUGUGCUUUUUGCACUUCUACAGCGGGUUUCAGAAAAGGAAUGGCCAUCUCGUCUUAGUCAGUUGAUACGCAGUUUGCUUGCGCACAAGUCGACGGAUCAGCUGCCUGAGACUGUUGCUGCACAUUGUGUUGAUUUAGAUCUCGAUGAUGGUGAAUUAUCGUCCCCAAUAUGUGAAUUGACUGUAGGUACCGAAGACACCAUGGCUACUACUCAUCUUCGUUCUUUUGAGUCAAAAAUACUUCUACCAUUGAAUGCCUUCUCUCAUCCCUCCCUGCUUUCGAUGACAGUGAAGUGUCUGCAAGAAAUCAUGACCAAACUGUCAUGGCGAAGUGCCUACGAUACAAAGUGGUUGGCGGCACUCCACCGGUACUUGCGAAAAGUGGAUUUCUCCCCAACUGAUAAUGAAAGUGUUGUCGAUUUGUUCUGCAGUCUCGUAGAUGCUCUGAAGGAUGCACUGAAAGCCCAGUUAGUUCUGAAAAGGUGGAGCCUUUUUCUUACAACCGUCACCGCUUUAAAUGAUUUUGGUAUAGUCCUGUCUGCCUGCCUUACGGGGGUCGGAGACAAAGUUUUCCACAACGAAAUUUUUGAAAAGAUUGCCCGACAGGUUAUUAAGUUGGCCGAGACAGCGUGGGUCGCUGGUGGGGCUAGAUGGCCCAAAUUCGAAGAAGGCUUCCUGCCUCCUAAUUUGGGCUCCGUUUUCUGCGAUUCAUUUGGUGUUUGGAUUCGGUGCUUGCAGGUGUUUCUAAAUCGUUUAGCUGGCAAAAAUAAGGCGUACUUGGGGCUGCAUUUGAGGCCCUACCUAAUGCCUCUCUGUCUCUGGGAACUCUCUGACGGUCGUUUCGAUCUAUCGACGUGCCCGCGGGAGUUUCAAGCUGCAGCGAUAGCUUGGGGUUAUGCCUCCUUUGAGGAGUUUUUGGAGCAAUCGCAGGAAUACGGCGCAUUUUUGCAGAUCGCUGGCAUCGACGUAGCCGAAAAUCACCCCUCUCGAUUUACGUACAAUCAAAUUGCAGCAUGUCUAUUUGCGAAAGAUCGGUUCCCAGCAUAUAUACGAACUCUUCAAACUGCUAAUCAGAAGGCCUUCAAGUGUGUGUGCUGCAUAGAGGGCUUUGUGGCUGUCACUUCGUACCUCUUCCACUUCGUACUCCUAUUCACAAGUGACACUUCCGCCGACCUUGACCGCAACGCUUCCCGGAUUAGCUACCACUUGGUCUCCCGUCUAACUCUCCUCUUUGUGGAACUCUUUGCUACUCAUCAAGUGGAUACUGAUAAACUGACCUGUUCACUCUUCUCCUCAUCCUCGGCUGCGGACAAUGUGGAGCAAAUGGCAUCACGAAUACUCUCGCAGGUCGCCUCUUUCAAAGCGGAUUUUAUACUGAAUCUCUCGGAGGCUCUUUUGGAGGCAGGCUGUCAUUUUUUAAAGGAUCCACGCGAGUUGGGUGCUGACUCGAUGUAUGAUCCUCUUGGUGGUUACUAUCCACGUGUUUCCGUGUGGUUAGCGGUGGCUCGCUUCAUAAUCCUCCUUGUCUCGUCCUCGCCUAAUGCCACACCAACCUCUAAUAGCUAUCUCAAUUGGCGUCUUAUCAGUGGUAUUGUUAAUCUCAUUGAUGUGGAAUAUAAGGGAAAUCGGCUUCAUAGAAUUGGUUUUCUCUUAACUGCUUUACUAGAUAUCUUAAAAGCAGUUGUAAAGAACACUUGUAUCACCUCAAGCGAUCAGUUGGAAGUCGCCUGGCACAAUUCAACAGUUUAUCAACUCGCGGAGGUAGCCUCAAAAUUAUCAGCUCUACCAGAUGAUGUGCAUUUGGAUCUCUCCCAGGAUCUUAUUGAAAUUCUAGAUCAUCUCUUUCAAGUGCGUGGAGGAAAUCGCUUCUCGAAUGCAAUCUGUCAUCUUGACAACAUCUUUGAGAAUAAUGCCCUCCUCACCCCUUAUCAGCCGCACUUCAGUCGUUACUGCAAAUGCAAUAGACGGGAUGUAGAUGAGGAAAUUCACCGCUUUUUGGAGUGGACCGAUUUCUUGCGCCAUCCACGGUUGCUGAAAUAUCGCGCCGCAGGUCUUCGUCAUUUGACAGCACUUCUGCGGCCCAGACAUGAGUUCACCACGAUACAACUCCAUGAACGCCUAGUCACCGUCCCACACGAGCGCACCGAGGAGAAAUUGCGUUUAUUGGAGGCGUCCAGCAUUCAAAAUUGGGUUCCGUCCGCUGGGAGUAGUGGCUGUAGUGAUGUGGUUAGCGAAAAGCAGCUACUCUUCCGCAUGCUCAUUGAACUAUCAACAGGCAAUCAUCUGGUGGAAAUCGACCCAGAAACACGUCUUGCGAUGGCAGAAUGUGUUGCUUCGUUGAAAGCUACUUUCAUUGAUGAGAAAAGUGCUCUUAAACCAUCUGAGAGAGCGCGAGAGCUUCUUAUUGAAAAGUCGCCUGAUCCCAUGGUUGUGGAGCAGCUGGACUGUGUGAUUACCAUUGCAAACGGGAUCGCUUCUCCAAACAAUCCUCGACUGAAAAUGUCCCUCUUGGGUGCCCUUAACAUCUCAGAAGCCGAACGCAGGAUCUGCAUCUUGACUAAACUAGCACCGUACAUAUCCACCGAAGAACUUAAAAACGCGCGAGGCGCAAAGCCACAGUCAGCAUUAAAAUUCACAACCAAAAAUGUCACUGAAGCCGUCCUCUAUGAACUGAGGUCUCAGGCUCUCGUUGACCUUGCGUUAAGCUGCGGGGAUUGUCCAGAAACUACAGUUUUGAAGAUCGCUGAGUGGCUUUUUGAUAAAGCCUUAGUACUAGAUGAGUUUUUCUUGGCUCUUAAACCCCUUAUUAUUGCGGAGGUACAUAUGGCACAGCGGCUAGUACCCUGGAUUUUCGCCGCCAUAUUCGUGAAUUUGAGAUUGCUAUCCGUUCCUCGUACUGGAAAAGACAUGGAACAAGCACUUAUAUACUUAAUGGGAGUGUUAAACACUCUUCUAGAGAGACCUCAGCUAGCCCAGUUCCUACAGUCCAUCCUAAUUGCGCUGCAUACUUAUUCACAAUGGCUUAUUCGGUCAGGCAUCGCAACAAACUUAGAAUGGGAUCUCAAUUGGCUAUCUGCUUCAAAACUUUCUCUCAAUGCUGGCUUGAUGGAGAAUGCUUGGCUUUUCUUUGAACUAGCGUGGAUUAAACGACCGAGAGAACUGCUUUACGACAGCGUGGCGCAGAAUCUGUGGAUUGAUCUAUGCACAUCCCAGAAGGAUCUCGUGGGGCUAAAGGCCGCGCAAGUUGCAAUGGCUCAAUUCUUUGAUCAAUCUGCUGAUGGUAUUGCCCUCGAGGAUCGAUUUCGAUGUGCGAUUAAUGAGUUGGACGGCCGAUGGCGCCUUCUGUGGGAGGAGGGGACGGGACAGGGUGACCAGUCUAGCAGUGCCGACGUUGCGCAAAUCGCUCUGCGCCUUCAUCGCUUGGGUGCUGAUAAGGCCUUCUCACAACUUGCCACUGAUCUUCUAUCACAAGACUCCAACAUCCUGUCAGCUUUGACAGAGGCCAAAUACCGUGUUGCUUGGCGUUCUGAUACUUGGGGAAUAGACGGAUCAACAAAGCCUACCUUACGCGAUAAUAUUCUCCUUGCCAUUGACUUCAAAACUCUGCCAACCUCCAAAGUUCAACCACCUGCAAACCCCACUCUAACUCUUCAGCGCGAAGCCAUAGAAAGUGCACUUGGUGUGAUAUCCAAUUUGGAAAGUAUUCGUCGGGAGUGUGCUUCUCGUAUGGGUCAGUGGAAUGAGCCGGAGGUGACACCACCAUCAAAUCUUGAGGAUGAGAAACUUAUCUACCUUCUCUAUCAGUCGGCUUGUUGUAAAGAUUGGAAAUAUGUCGCGAAACUGGUCAAUGAUCGACGGUCAUUGUCGGAGAAUCCGGUCACUCUUCAAUCCUUUGCAUCUGAAGCAAACAUCUUACAAGCCUGGAGUCAUAUAAGUACCCUUCUGCAAAACCAACCGGAUGCCUCCAAUGCUAGAGUGGCCUCCUCAGUUAUCCUUCUUCAAGCCUCCAUAGAGGAAUGCAUUGAAUGGGAUACUCCUCAACUCACUUCCUUACUGGAAGCUUCUCUGCGCUUGUCAAAAGCCCUUUCUGACUCUGUGGAUGAUUCGUCCUCAUGGCUACCACUGUUGAAUGUCCACACACAGUUGCAGCUUGCUGAUUCGUAUAUCGAGCGUGGGAACGUGCCAUGUGCCGAACGUCUGCUUAGGACGAUUCCACGAAUUGAAAUUGCUUCUGGAGAGUUAAAUCUGAGGAAGAACCUUAGUUUUGCACUUGCUCGAUCAAAAUUGCAGCGGUUGUGUGGAGAGACAUCUCUAUCGUGUGCCAGAUUGACGGGUGUAUUAAAUGAUGCUACGGAGGUUAUUUCCAACCUGAAGCUCAGUCAUGAUACUCCUGCUCGUUUACUACUGGAGUCAUACCUCUCUUGCACUGUUGCCCUCUGCAAGUGGCUAGCUGAAUGCAGUGCCAUGAGUUUGGCCGAUAUCGUAGUCCGUCGGCUCAAACCGGCAAUCGAGCUGGCCGAUAAAUGCUGGUCGUCAGAGGCGAAACAGCCACUAUGCAAUUCAGCGGACGCUUUAGCUGUACUUGCAGAGUUCGCUGAUGCUCAGUAUCAGGUGUUUGACGGUUACCUGCGAUCACCAGAGUUUGCAGCCAGGAGAAGACUACUAUCUGAUGCUGACGCGGAUGCUGCUUGUCUCACUGAGGUCGAUAAGAAAAGUCUUCUCGAUUCUCAAAAAUCGUGUGAAGAUUUACUAACCAUUGUCAAUUACUUUGUUAGUCGAUUCCUCCGACUGCUGCAGCGUCAAUCAACCCUGGAAAAUGUGGAACUAGUAAACCUUCUUUCGAGCCUUCAAAACUUCUUUUCUACUGCCAUUCUCUCCUACUGUCAGUGCCUUGCUCGGAGUGAUAAAUUUAACCUCAAGAUCUACCGGCUAGUCUCCCUCUGGCUGAACGCACUCUCUCAAAUGGCGGAGAACCGUGGGCUGGCUAGUUGCGACCUCAGUGAGGGUUCCGCCACCGAGAGCCUCUUUACACCCGCUUGGCUUGCCUCACUAGAGGCCCAUCUCGGGGCCAUCCGGGUAGACAAAUUCUUGCCUCUCUUUUCCCAACUUCUUGUCCGACUCACUACUCCCAACGAAGAGGAGAGGCGGAGCAAAACGCAGGCAGCGUUUCAUGCAAUGCUCGCCAAGUUGGUCAAGACGUUGCUAAGCAAGCACCCAUAUCACACGGGCCUUCCUCUCCUCUCAUUGGUCAACGCGCCGUUGGAUGACCCACAAGGGGGUGCUUCAAGCACCACGAUCUCCCGCUCAAAACGCCAAAGGAUUGAAGCCAUGGCUGAUAGAGAUGGCGGUCGGGUAGCCUUGGCACGUCAGCUCUUCUCCGAGGUCUGCAGAUCAGGCGCGACUCGUGAGGACAUCUUUGCGCAAAUGCAGGCUCUCGCAACGGCCUACAUUGAAUGGGCCAAUGUGGAUGUGGAGAACAAACGCAAUGUUAAAGAUCUUCCCCGUCUCUAUAGUAGAUCCUCUGCCAAUCCAUUUCUCCACUCAACCAACCGAUCUUCAAUAGGUGACAUCCCAAUGCCAGCAAGUUGUGCGCUCUCACGUCUCUCUGCGGAAGCGGAGCACUGCCUACACCUUCUGCCAGUGAUUACAUGCCCCCCGCGGGUGAACCCCUCAGGAGUCUACCAAGAUCUUGUCCGAGUGGUGGGCUUUGUUAACACUUACCGCCUCGCCGGUGGUCUUAAUCUCCCCAAGAUUGUCACUUGCCUCUGCUCUGAUGGAAGGCGACGCAAACAGCUUGUCAAAGGACGUGACGACCCUCGUCAAGAUGCUAUUAUGCAACAAGUUUUCUCAGCAGCUAACCACCUCUUAGCUACAUUCUCCGUCUCCAACGCUUCCAAGUGCCCGAAGUCGUCUUCCUUUUCUCCCUCGCGUGCAAAUGCCAUGCGCAUACGGACUUAUAUGGUGGUGCCUCUGGCGCGCCGCAGCGGCCUGAUCGAGUGGUGUGAGGGCACCGUUCCUUUGGGCGAGUGGUUGGCUGGAGAGGCCUUCGGUGCUCACCAGCGCUACCGUCCUUCCGACCUUGCACCUUCCCAGGCUAAACUCAAACUGGCCGGGGCGCGUGACAAAUCCCUCGACCGCAAGCUGGCCGUCUUCACGGAGAUUUGCUCAAAGAUACAACCGGUCCUGGGCUUCUUCUUUCUGGAGCAUUUUCCCGAGCCAAGCGCGUGGUACGCGGCGCGAUGGCGCUACACCGCAUCGCUGGCGACAGCCUCAAUUUUAGGCUACCUGGUGGGCCUGGGCGACCGUCAUCCACACAACCUCCUCCUGCACCCCACUACUGGGGAGGUAGUGCACAUAGAUUUGGGCAUCGCCUUUGAUCAGGGACGUCUCAUGCCGACCCCGGAGAUGGUGCCGUUCCGAUUGACCCGCGACCUCGUCCACGCUCUCGGCCCACUAGGCGUGGAGGUGGGCUUCGUUAGCAUUGCGGAGUCGGCACUUUGCGCCUUCUCCUCUGGCUCUGAGAUCAUUCUCACUCUCCUUGAGUUACGAGUCAACCAGUCGACACGGCGUGUUUUUGUAAGGCAUGGAGGAAUUGGAGAACAAAUUGACAGUCUUGGAAGCUUAUCCUGCGUCACCUACCAACGCGUGGCACGUGAAACUGAUCUGCUUAGCUUUCGUGAAUUCCCAGUUGGCGUGCUGCUGCAUGACCCACUAUACUCGUGGUCACUCUCACCUGCCCAACUCUGUGCGUUGGAGGCGCGACGUGCGGAGGUCACGGGGUGUCCGGCGUUCCCGACGGGUGGUGGUGGGGAGAGCUCCAUUUUCGCCAACACCAGCACUACAGCCGCCACCGCCGCCGCCUCGGGCUCCAUCGUCAACGCUUACGGGACUGCAUCAAGGAGACCCCAAGAUUCGGUGAACCAACUGGCGGAGCGGGUGCUGCUAACGGUGCGUGAUAAGCUGGCUGGCCGCGUGGGCGGCAUUGGGAGCAGCGGACUGACUGCAGGGACUGCGGCGGAAGGCGCUCUUGGCACACUCGGUCCCUCUGGACACGUCGCUCUCCUCGUGCGCGCUGCCACCGAUCCACAAAACCUUGGACGCAUGUAUUUCGGGUGGCAGGCUUACCUCUGA